AUGGAUAACCGAUUCAAGCUAAAGCUCUCACGCAUGUUCCACAAGGCCUCACUCGGCACCUGCCGCUCACGUAGCCUUUCCGACGUGAUCGAGAAAGCUGUGUUUCUGCCUCAGAAUUACGCAAGUACUGACUCUCCUCCAAAACAAGUUCCUCCUCCUCCUACUAAACCUUUUCCGACCAUUUGCAGACCUAAAUGCUCCGAAGACCCGAAGAAGCAACCCAUCAACCACCGCUGCGUCAUUUCCAGAUCCAACACUGACCUCAUGCUCCCCAGGCGCAAGAUUUUCGAACGUCGCUCCCCAUUUGUGAAGGCUGAAAUCUCUCCCAAUUCUCUGUUCUCGCACUCGAAUCCAUUCUACGAAGUCCACGAAAGCCACAGCUUUCGACAGAGAAAGAAGAGAGGAAGUAAGAAAAAGAAAAAGAGGACUCAGAAAAGUGAUCUCUUUGCGAUCAGCUCUUCUUCUUUGGAUACUAAUCACUUCUACAAUGGGUGGUGGUCUAGCAGUGAAGAUGAAGAGAAACAAGAGGAGACUGAUACUCUGUUUUCCUCGAACACUCACACUUCCGACUCAUCAGGGUCUCGCCGGCGACUGCGGUCGAGUUCUCAGGAAAAAGGUCAGAGCUUGGGCCGGAGAAGAGGGAGUUCUGAGGUGGGUCUGAUGCCAUUACAAGGAAAAGUGAAGGACAGCUUCGCUGUGGUGAAGAAAUCCAGUGAUCCUUACAACGAUUUCAGAACAUCAAUGGUGGAAAUGAUCGUGGAGAAGCAGAUAUUUUCAGGCAAAGAUCUUGAGCAUCUUUUGCAGUGUUUUCUGAAGCUGAACUCUCCUCAUCAUCACAGAGUUAUCAUCGAGGUGUUCACUGAGAUUUGGGAGGCUCUGUUCUCCAACUUGGGGACUUGAAGAAAAUAAAAGACUAAGAAGUUAAAGGCUCCAUUUUUCUCUGUAAUAUGUGCUUAUUAGGUUUAAUCUCUGAGGAAGAAGAAAAUAGUUAGGAUUCUAACUUCGGUUGACUAAUUAGAGUCUAUCUUCUACUUUCACUUUAGACCUCUCUAUCUGUAUUGUAAUUCUUCUUCUUAGAAAUUGUGAAUCUUGUUUUU